CCCUUAUUUACCGAAUUCAAAAUGGCCGCCCUACGGAUUUUCGCACGCCUCGGAGUCUCGGCGAUCUCUCGCGUCCCCGUGACCGUCGGCCUCCACGAGAGGGUCCUAACCUCGGUCUUGCAGAAAAGAUGGAGCAGCUUUACAGCUUCCCCGAAAUAUGAUGAAAAUGCUUCUUAUCCAGAUUUCGAAGUUUCCAGGGACCCACAAGAAUGGAAAUGCGUGGAGGACUUGUUAGCUCCUAAACUUAUACCAGCCCCUCCGAGUGGUAAAGAGUUUCCAUCCGGAUGGCGGCCACAAAAUAUGACGCUAGCCAAAAAACAUCCAUACUUUGUGGCUCGUACCAAAAAUCAUAUGCAGCCUGUAUAUCUUUUGAUAACCUUCAGAGGAGUACGAAAAAUAACCACAUUGAACAAAAUACAAGGUAAUAUCUGGAAACUUGAAGCAGAGUUAAAGGAAUACAUUGAAGAGUAUGUAGGAAAAAAAGUUGGUACUAGAAUUAAUGAGGCUACGGGACAACUUCGAUUUAGAGGAGACUAUGUACUUUUAGUUAAAGAAUGGCUUACUUCUAAAGGUUUUUGAAUAAGUAUAAUUCAGUGUAUGAACUAAAGAAUGAGUAUAAUUUUGUUUAUCAAAUAGUGCACUUCUUAUUGGGAUGUAAUAAAUUACCUUUCAAUUUUAUAAGA